AGUUCCGCUUUGCUAGUCUCAGCAUACACCGUGGGGAAUGAGAUCCUUGCAGACAAGAACAUAAAGUACAUCAAAAAUCCUGCUUMAGAACAGUCUUGCCUCAAGAUAAUAAUCUCCAAACAUGAGCCAGGCACAAAAGCAUCUUGAGGAACUAAGCGCAAGUGCUGAUAUGAAACAAGCUGAGUGUCAAAAUCAAGAAACAGACGAGAAUCAAACAAAUCUCCUGGAUGGCAAUAACUACAUUCAGAUAUUUUGCUGGAAAUGUUUAGCAUGCUCAAAGCUACUGUUUGGAAUAAGUCUUUUACCAAUCACAUUUGCAGUGCUCAUUUUAUGUGCAUUAGGGAUCAAUUACYCCAUUGCUGUUCAUCUUGGACAUGUAGCAGCACUAUUUCCCUAUGUAAGCUGGCUGGCAUCCUAUGGCCCUGAAGAAUAUAUAUUUGAUUUUUUGUUAAGUCUGGCGUCAAUAAAUGUUGCAUUUAUCAUUUACUUCAAGUUUAAAGUCAUUGAAUCYUCACACAAUGGGUCACAAUGGGUCAAGGUCCUCUUGUUCAAUAAAGCCUGCUGUUGGAUUGGUUUUAUAACAAGCUUUUUGUUCUUGAUGAGUGCAACCUUUCCUGCUGUUGAUGAGGCCAGUAUUCUUAAGGUCCACAGUAUUGCCUCCAUAUCAGCCUUUUCAGUCCUCUGUCUGUACUUUAUCAUUGAGACAGCAUUAAGCUUCUACAUCAGGACAACAAUACCUGCAGUGACUACACCUAUCUGUGUCACUAGAACAGUCUUAACAUGUCUGUGCUGUAGUUGUCUUUUUGUGGCUUAUAUCGCUGGUAAGGAGUCAUACACCAAAUUACCAAAGCCAAAGGAUGAUAAGCACUGGAAACCAACUGACGGGGGAUACGUCCUUCAUCUGGUGGCUGCGUUCAGCGAAUGGGGUAUCGUAUUAACGAUGGUUYCGUUUUUCCUUACGUAUUACGCUGAGCUGAAGAAUUUGAAAACUAAAAUAACGCUAACGACAUAGACAAACAGACCCGGCCACUCAUAACAAGAGUCCAUUAACAGUCUUAUGAACUCUACGAAUUAACGUCAACUAGCCGUAAAUGAGCGCAACGCCGUCAGACGUCUAUUUCACUGCGUGCUGCUACGCAAACGUUAACACAGCWAACUUGAUGUUGUGUGCUUUCAUUUACGUCUGUGCUCAAGACGUUCGUGUAUACGUACUUUUGCAUAAGUAAUUCAGGAAAGAGUUUGGAAUGUUACUUACGUAAGUACGCAACUCUGAAUUUUGCUGAACCGUAAGAACGUAUCCGGGAACGUAUCUCAUCAAUGCCCCCUUUUACGUCAAAGACUUCAAAAGGUCGUAGUAAACCGUAUAUAAGGCAAUUAAAAGUAAUACAAUGUCAUAACGCUAUGGCGUGAAGAAACGUAURAGAAUGCACGUAACGUAACUAAAACGGAACGAUGACAGCACUUAGCUGUUUUCUUUGAAACGGCAGCUACGUUCUCAGCAAGAGAAUGAAUACUUUAAUGACAUAAGCUAGUAAAUAAAAAAUACAAAAAUUAACUUGA